UUAAAGCAGAUAGGAAGCUUCUUAACCUUCUGUUGGAUGGAAUCAUUGUUGGAUAGUGUAUGCGUAGUCAUAUUGAUGACAGGAUACCUUGGUAAGUUGAUUUAUUGGGUGGUUAUGCUUAUGACUCCUCAAUGAUGUGAAGUGGUGUGCUAGCAUACUGGUUAUAUGGGUCCAUUCUGGAAGCAGUAACCACUUAAGUAAACUAAUAUGACACUUGAGGACUUCUUUACCUCUAACGAGUUAGAAAAUGGGCUCACUACUCCAGACAGAGUUAAGGACCUCCUCACCAUUAUGCAGAACAAGAAAGAAAAUAUCCUGAAAAAUAUUGGUGAAGCAAUCCGACAAUGGUCUACUGUUGCAACAACUAUUGCAACCACUAAGAAUAAAGAGUGUAUUGAUCUUUUCGUCUAAUUAGAUGGAAUCUGUUUCAUUGAUAAAUGGCUCAACGAUGCUCAGAAGUUUAUAAAUGAUAAGAAAUGCUUCGUUGGAAAAGUUUAUCAUUCCAUUGUUACGGGCACUUGAGAAGCUCCAGUUACACAACCGUAUUUCCUUGGAUUCUGGAAUUGUAAAGACCAUGCAGGGUCUUCUUAGUCAUAGUAGUUUAGUGAUUCAGGAGAAAGCUAAAGCUCUUUGUGAUAGGUGGACCCCAGUUCAGAACAUUGAUGUAGUUCCAACAGACGUCAAUCCCGUUGUUGUUUUUCCUGAUGAAAAUGAUAAAGAAAAAUAAUGCUGAACAAAUGCAGGAAAUAAAUACUGAUACUGUUCGACAAGAAAUAGAAACAAAAGAAGAGAUAGCAACACAGGAAAUUGUUAUGGCAUCUGAAGUGGAAAUACCCGAGGAUGAAAACAAGAAUUUUAGCUCAGAAACUACUGCUGUAACUGGAAUUAUUAGGCCUUUGGAAGAUGCGAAUGAGAAGCAGGAGAUCAAGCCUUUGGAUGAAGGUACAGUUGAAAUGACUUCAACUACCGAAGUUGACCAUGCUUUGGAGUCCACUACGAAGACUGAAUUAAUGGAAGACACCGGUGACAAAGAUGAAUAUAUGGUGGAUGGUGGGGAACCCCAAUCUUCCGACCAUCAAAAACCACAUUGGAAUAUCAUACCACUAGUGGAAUUGGUGAUUCUAGUGGCGGAGGUUUGCAAGAAUCACCUGGUGCAGAGAACCCUAAAACUACAUUAAAUACUGAACGUGACGAGGAUGGUGAAGAUACAAAGGAAGAUGUUGGAAUUGAGAGUGAGGAUGAUUCAAGUAGCAAGAGAGCAUCAGGUUUUUCUGAAUUUUCAAUGAAAAUUCGAGAUGAUUUUAUUACUAAGAGGCCAUCUCAUAUGGAAUUGGAUUAUGGAAUGGUGGAUCCAUUAGAGCUUGCAAGGCAAUUUGCUAAUGAAGUGGAGAGAGAAGUUGAUUCCCGAGAAGAAAGUUGCAGUACUUCUACAGAUGACAAAGAACAAUCGGCUGGUGGCCCAGGUCAGGAGGUUUCAUUUGGACCUGGACCUGUGCCUGGACCAUCUUCAAAGGGUUCACCUAGUCCAGCUGAACCCAUGGAUGAUGUAGAAACACAUGAUUUAACGACUACUAAUAUUCCGGAGAUGGGUCAAGAACUGGCUGCUAAUACUGAAAAAGGCUUUUCUGGGUUUGAUCUGAAUCAAGAAGUUACUUAUGUAGAUACUAGCAGUCAAGUGGAUCCGGUCUUAACCCCAAUUUCAGUUGUCUCCGCUUCCAGGGCUGCUGCAGCGGGUGGACUACCUGUUGCUCCUUUGCAAUUUGAAGGAACUCUUGGUUGGAAAGGGUCAGCCGCCACCAGUGCUUUUAGACGGAUCCCUGAAGGUGAAAAGACAUUUUCAUCGUCCUCAAGUCACAAUAACUCAAACCAACAUUUAAAUCACCUUGAUUUUGUUUUGAACAUGGUUGAAGGCAGUGAGGAUGAAAUUGAAGAUUUCCUAUCCCGAGACAAAAAUGAGAAACUGCAGUUGGAUCUUAAUAGUCCCGGGGACGGGAAUGCGGGCAUUAUUUCAUUGGAUUGGAAAAGGGAUGGUAGGGUAACGUCUCUGAGGUAAAAUGGGCUUCAGAAUCCAUCUGUAUCUUCGUCAUCAUCUUCAAUGCAGCCUUCUUUUAGGAACGUUGAUUUGAAUUUAAAUGAUUACUCAACUGCUCCAAAUAAUACUUCAUUGGAUAAUCCUUUUCUCGGUAAGUUAUUCGACAAUAAACGAGUUGAAUCUGUUAUUUCCAUUUUUGGUACCCAAGUUGAGGUAAACCGAAAGGAAAAUAUUCCUCCUCCAUCCCGUCAGCUUAAUGGAAGGAUUUUUGAACCUUCAGUGGAUUUUAGUUUGGGGAGACUGGGGUCUGGUUUGACGCUUGGAUCUUCCAUGCCUUAUGGUAAUAUACCUUCUUAUGGUUAUGGACACAAUGGUUUUGCAAUGGGACCAGUGUAUGGAGCACCCGGUGCACCAAUUUCUUACAUGGUUGUUUCAAGAGGAUCACCUAUCGUACCAUUCAUUCCACCUACCUUUUCUCAUCCAACACAACCUUUUCUUUUCAACAUGGCUGCAACAGGGGCACCAUCUGGCUCAAUGGGUGCUGGCCCAUCACAUAAUAACUUCGAUUUGAACUCUGCUUUCUUGUCGGAAAUGGGAAAUCGGGAGAAUAAUGGUGGGUUGACACAGUUUUUCAACCACAAUCAAGCUUCUUUGAGUUCGGUUAUUGGAGGGAAACACGAAGAACCUUAUAGUGGAUGGGAGCUAUUCCCGAUGAACUACAAGCAUCAACCACCAUCAUGGCAAUUAAAGGAGGUUUGUCUUUAUUCAUGUUGAUCUGGCCCCCUCUCUCUUUUUAUCAGUUUUAAUAUAGCGAUAGUUAUAGAGUAGGCGCGCUGUUAACUUUUAGUUAGAGGGGGUGUUGGCACAAUUUUAUAUAAAAAGACCUUUAGCAACUUGUUGGUCUUAGGUUUUCGGGAACGUAGAGGAGGUGGAAUCAGGUAUAAUCUUAUUCAUGAGAUUAAUUGGCAAAAGAAAAUAGGUUUAUAGUGAUUUAUUUCUAAAUUUUCCUUUCAAAACUUUGUUCACAUAGAGUUGUAAUUUCUUCUCCAUAUAUAUCAAAGAAAGCUAGAAACAGUGGUCUAUUAGUGGUUU